UCGAGUAGUAAACCCCUCUUGCCUCAUUCCCCCACAACUGGUCCUUUGCCUUUAGAAUCAGACCAAUGUCCCGCAAGACCAUAGCUAAACUUAACCAUUUAUCCAUAGAGGCAACACCUCUCCGGCAACCUCAAACUCUAACUCAAAACAUCCAAGCAAUAGCCCAUCAAAUAAACCAAUGUUCCCAUUUAAACCAACUAGAGAGAUUAUAUGCCACCAUGAUCAAAACAAAUGUAAACCAGGACUGUUUCUUAUCAAACCAAUUCGUCACUGCAUGUUCCUCUUUUCGCCGCAUGGAUUACGCAAUCCUAGCCUUUACCCAAAUGCAGAAACCCAAUGUUUUUGUCUACAAUGCGUUGAUCAAGGGCCUUGUUCAUUGUCACCGUCCUUUUGCAGCUUUAGAUUAUUACAAACAUAUGCUCGGAGCUGGAGUUUGGCCCACCAGUUUCACGUUUUCUUCGCUGGUUAAGGCUUGUUGCUUGGUUUCUGAAUUUGGGUUCGGAGAAAGUGUUCAUGGCCAUGUUUGGAAACAUGGGUUUACCUCACAUGUCUUUGUUCAAACCGCUUUGAUUGAUUUUUACGGUAGUGUUGGGAAAAUUUUUGAAUCGAAAAGGGUGUUCGAUGAAAUGCCUGAAAGAGAUGUUUUCGCAUGGACGGCGAUGAUUUCGGGUUUCUUGAAGGCCGGGGAUUUGGGUUCUUCGAGGAGAUUGUUUGAUGAAACGCCUGAAAGGAGUACCGCGACAUGGAACGCUAUGAUCGACGGGUAUGCGAGAGUAGGGGAUGUUGAUUCAGCCGAGUUAUUAUUUAAUCAAAUCCCUGUAAAGGACACGAUUUCUUGGACAACGAUGAUCAACUGUUAUUCUCAGAACAAGCAAUUCGGAGAAGCAUUAGCUCUUUUCGAGGAAAUGAGGCGAUAUAAGGUUAGCCCAGAUGAAGUUACCAUGGCAAGUAUUUUUUCGGCCUGUGCUCAUCUUGGGGCACUCAAUACUGGAAAAGAAAUACAUAAUUAUUUAAUGCAAAAUUCAUUCGAUCUCGAUGUCUAUAUAGGAUCCGCAUUAAUCGAUAUGUAUGCGAAAUGUGGGAGCUUAGAGAGGUCGCUUUUGGUGUUCUUUAAAUUAAGAGAGAAAAACCUGUUCUGUUGGAAUUCGGUAAUCGAAGGGCUUGCAGUUCAUGGCUAUGCCGAAGAAGCACUGGCAAUGUUUGACAGGAUGGAGAGGCAGCGGGUCAAACCAAACGGGGUUACUUUUGUUAGCGUUAUUAGUGCCUGCACUCAUGCAGGACUAGUCGAAGCAGGCCGUCAGAGGUUUUUAAGCAUGACUCGUGAUUAUUCGAUCCCCCCUGGAGUCGAACACUUUGGAUGUAUGAUUGAUCUAUUGAGCAAAGCCGGGUUGCUCAAGGAUGCUCUCUUCUUAAUACGGAGCAUGAAGUCUGAACCGAAUUCUGUUAUUUGGGGUGCAUUGUUAGGUGGGUGUAAGCUUCACAAGAAUAUGGAAAUUGCUCAUGUUGCUGUGGAUGAACUGAUGGUUUUAGAGCCGUACAAUAGUGGCUAUUACACUCUUUUAGUUAACAUGUAUGCAGAGGUUAAUCGAUGGGGCCAGGUUGCAAAGAUCAGGCAAAGGAUGAGAGAAUUAGGUGUAGAGAAGCAAUGUCCUGGGUCUAGUUGGAUUGAAAUGGAUAACGAAGUUCAUCAGUUUGCCGCUUCUGAUAAGUCCCACCCUGCUUCAAACGAGAUCUACUCGAUUCUCGCCGAAUUAGACGUCCAACUGAAGUUAGCUGGCUUUGUUCCUGCACUAGGGUCUUUGAUAUAGAAUUUAGUCUUCAUAAGAGGAAAUGGCAUCUAAAACCGACCACAGAUUGUGAAAGUUAAUGC